CGAACUGACCGAUUAUCGAUUAUCAAGUCCAUGAUUUGUGUGACGUCAUGAUGAACUGUUUUCACCGAAAAAAUUGCACGAAGUGACACAAUCUGUUUCCUGAAACACUGCCAAUCGUAUCAUCGUUGUGACAAGAGGACAACUGUCCCAUCAUGCAAGAGUUCAGGCAUUUCGAUCCACAGAAGCUGGAGCUGCUAGAAGCACGUAUCAAAGGAAAUCGCUCCUCUCAGCAACCCAUCAUGAUAGCUGAUGAUUCCAAUCAUAGCACGAGCACAUGCAGCAGGGGUUCACCUAGUGAUGAUAUAGAGGUCAUGCAGUCAGAAACCCCAGAAAAGGAGAGGAAGAAGAGGAAAAGAAAAGGGCAAGAUAGUGAUCUAUCAGGUCCAAAGAAGAUAAGUGAAUAUUUUAAGGCAGCAACAUCAUUAAGUCCAGGACGGACCAGUCUGGGCAUAGGUAUCCUACCCAAGUCACCACCAUCUAGUUCAUAUCCUAGUCAAAUGAUGUCAUCACCAUGUGGUAACAGCAACGACUACAUCUCACAUUCUUCCCAAUCACCCAAACCAGCCAGGCCUAGGUUUUCAGAAAGCAGCUCAAUAUCAACUCAGACUGAAAUGAGUUUACAAGAUCUAGAACUAAAAGAAAGGCAACAUCAAUCUCACAUGAGGGUGAAAGAAGAGACGAUAGAAACGCUCAAUAGUACAACUCAGGAUUUACAACGGAGGUUAGAUAGUGCUCAGAAACUUUUAGAAAAGGUUAAAGAACAGUCCAAGAAAAGUACAGAGAAGAUUAAACAACUUCUUAUUGAGAAGGCGCGAGCUGAAAACAAAGAAGCACGGACGAAGAGCAUGGAGGAUCGGCUAAGGCUAGGACAGUUCACCACCCAGAGGCAAGGGGCCAAAUUUGUUGAAACCUGGAACGAUGGCUAUGCAUUCACUGAUCUUGUCAAGCGCCAGGAGAAAAUUGCCAAAGAAAGGGAGGAGCUGGACCAGCAAAGGAAAUCCUUAAUGAAGAGGAAACCUCCAAAUAGUCCCCAUCCCAGUUCCAAGUCCAGGCCCAAACAGAACGGACCCAACGAUGAAGGAUUCGCCAAACCUUUCCCAGAGUUUAUGAACCAUGCCGAGUUUUAUGAGCGAGACGAGAUCUUGAAAUUAAGACAAGCUGCAUUUAAAAAGGAGGAAGCUGAUUUACAGGGAGAACUAGAAAAGCUAGAAAGGGAGCGGAAUCUUCACAUACGAGAGCUGAAACGUAUUCAUAACGAGGACCAGUCCACAUUCAGAGACCACAAGGUUCUUAAUGAUCGCUAUCUUCUACUAAGACUCCUCGGCAAGGGAGGAUUCAGUGAAGUGUACAAGGGGUAUGACCUGAAGGAACACAGAGAUGUGGCAUGUAAGAUUCAUCAACUAAGUAAAGAAUGGAAGGAGGAUAAGAAGGCCAAUUACAUCAAACAUGCUUUGAGGGAGUAUGAGAUCCAUAAGAGUUUAGAUCAUGCGAGAGUUGUCAAGCUCUACGAUGUCUUUGAGAUCGAUGCUAACUCAUUCUGCACUGUUCUAGAAUUCUGUCCUGGGAAUGACCUUGACUUCCAUCUGAAGCAACACAAGCUGAUGGUUGAGAGAGAAGCACGUUGUAUUAUUAUGCAGGUGGUGAGCGCCCUCAAGUAUCUCAACGAGAGGAAGCCGCCCAUCAUUCACUACGAUCUCAAGCCAGGUAAUAUUCUACUGUGCCAUGGAUCGACGUGUGGUGCCAUCAAGCUGACCGACUUUGGUCUGUCUAAGGUGAUGGAUGAUGAGCAUUUUAAUUCCCAGGAAGGGGGUAUGGACCUCACUUCACAGGGUGCUGGGACAUACUGGUAUCUCCCACCUGAGUGCUUUGUAGUUGGCAAAGAACCUCCAAAGAUCUCCUCUAAGGUGGAUGUCUGGUCCACUGGUAUUAUAUUCUACCAGUGUCUCUAUGGUAAAAAGCCAUUUGGUCACAACCUAUCUCAAGCAUCUAUCUUGGAGCAGAAUACCAUCCUAAGAGCCACUCAAGUCCAGUUUAGUCCAAAGCCAACGGUCAGCCAGGAAGCAAAGGACUUCAUCCGUCGUUGCCUGAUGUACCGCAAAGAGGAUCGCGCAGACGUCCUAGCCCUGGCCAAGGAUCCCUACCUAAUGCCUUCCAACAAGAAGAGUUCUGCAGCGGCUGCAGCUCACGCCUCGGCUGCAGCGGUCAGUAGCCCCCAUAAUCAACUAAGCAAUUCAGAGAACUCCACUUAAUCCUACCCUACCAAGGUUCUGCCAUGCCAAGGUUCCAUCAUGCCAAGGUUCUGCCCAACCAAGGUUUCGCCAUGCAAAGGUUCUGCCCAAUCAAGGUUCUGACCAAUGAAGGUUCUGACCGUGCAAGGUUCUGGCCAACCAAGGUUCUGCCAUGUGUGUAAUCGGGGGCAGAUCUAGUUGGAUUAGACGUAAUACUUCGGAUGGCAGGGAUGUAGUCCAAGCCGGCCCUGAGUCCGCAUUUUGCUGCCUUGACCUUGGUCUGAGUCGCGUGUACGAAGUCUAUGGGAGAAUGUUUUCUCAAGUGGCCUUGACUACAUCCCUGUUGGAUGGGCCCACCAUUGUGUUCAAACUGUAUUGCAAUUUAAAUGUUGUUUUAUCUGAUCCUGCUGGAUCUGCCUCUGGGUGUAUUCCCACUGCAUGCUAUGGUCCGUCUGUGAUCGAUAUGCAGAGUCAUCGGAAGCCCAUUAGUAGGAGAGGGUACAAGCAAACAAUUCUAGGCAAAAUACUUUGUGAGCCAGGAAUCAUGAGCAAUAAGUGAAAAAAAUAUCUGACAGUCAUCAUUGUUCUUUGAGCCUCAUAAUGGUUUGCUUGAUUUACAUUAUUCUUCUUUCAGUAAUCCAUGUUUUGGGGCAAAAUUGUUUAAUUGGCUGCACUAAAAACAAUCAGUCUUUGGUCAAGUCUUACCCAAAUCCGUGCAUAAAAGAAACACAAAUUUGCACAAGGUCCAAUCGAUUUCUUUGCCAUUUCAGGGGCAAGAGGUGCUCUAUCUCUUUAAAAGAGUCCUGUAUGUCCUGAAGUUGACUUCACGGUUCACUCGACCACUUGAGGCUUUUCUUUUGCAAAAUUGUAGGCCUUUUCAGGCUUUAUAUUGUAUAGUACAUGUAGGGACUUGCCAUGCUCUGUUGGGUGUGCCACAAAGGCUUUACCUACUGGAACUUGUUCGUAGUGCUCAGCCAGCUACACAAGGAAAUAUCACUUAGCACAAGAAGGGGUCACCAGUCGUGCUUAAAGUUAUUUGUGACUUACGAACAGCUUUAGGAAAGGACCACCAGGCUUCUUUUCAUGCCAUUCACUACUCGGUCUUGUAAUACAAACGUUAGCGAUUGAUCGUAGUUUUGAUUUUUUACGAUGGAUUGUACAUUGUGGUCAUUGCAAUCAAUCAUUAUAAACUGUUCUACAAUGAUUGCUAAGCUUCGUGUUACAGGCCCCUAGACAUCAUUUCUUAUUGACUGUCUAGACCUCUGUUCAAAUUUGCCUACAUUUCAAUAUUUGAUAUCUGAUCUUUAGAUUCUUCCAAAAGCAUAUCGCAGUUGGACCACGAGAGUAUGCAGCAUGCCUUUUCUAACACGCAAUAUUCAGACGCAGAUUUGGUGCGGUCCUUUAAAAAGACUAAAGUCUAUUAAUGACGGCAUACUGUGGCAUUGAAAUCAUGAUAUUUUAUCAUGCCAGAGUGUUUGAUAGUGGUAUAAAUAGUAACAUUAUGUAAGCAUUAAGAGAAACCCUUCAUGUUCCCCCUAGCUUUUUACCUAGUGGAAGGACAUUGUCAGUAUUUGGAAAUGUUGAUGAUUAUGGUUAUGAUAUGAUAUUAAUGAUAACUUCAUAAUGUAAAAUUACAAGUCAUGUAGUUUUGUGGAUAUCAGGAUUAAAUCAAGCCUUGCUAUGGCCGAUCAAGUCCUAGUGUUCCUAUUUAAAGUUUAUUUUUCUUUGCAAUAAACACAUACUUGGAGAUGCUUUCUGUACCAUUCUGCGCCAUUUUGAAUGUCAAAGAUCACCUAUUUUUUCUCCUAACCGCUAUUCUUAUCUGUCCAGAAUACCAUUCUUAAAAUAUUAUGUUCUGUUGUGUACAGCACAGGGAAAAAAAGAUGCUCUGGGGUUCAGGCGACUUCCCCCCAAAUUGCUCAAAAGAGCCAUGGAAAAUAAUAAAAGAAAAAGAUUCCAAGAAAAUUCUCAUUCACUGCAAUGUUAAAGCUUCUUGGAGCUUGGCUGCCAUCAUUUCAUUUAAGAAAUUUGUAGGAUCUUUUCCUCGUAUUCAAAAUAAUGUGAUCAUUGUUGUGUGGAAACUGUUAAAUUUGUCUGUGAAUUUUUCAAUGAUGGCAAUAACAGAUUGCAUUUUUGUUACUAAAAUUACUGAUUUGAUGUGAACCAAGGAACUUGGGUAAAUCUGUGUGAAUCUUGUGUGACCAUAGAAAUAAUUUUGACAUCUCAGAUGAAAUUCUACCGGAAACUGUGGAAGAAGCCCAUCACACAUGCUUUGAGUAAUGUGGGCUCUCUAACAUAUAGUUUUGCAAUCAAUCGCCAAGUACUGGUACCAAUCAUGGCCAUACGCAGCAGGGGAAGGGGGGGGGGGCAGAUACAGAAUAUGAGAAACCUCCAUUUUUUUUUACUGAAAAUUCUUACAAACUUCACCAAAUCUGACAGAAAUCCUCAAUUAAGUGAAAUGCAAAAACGCCGCAGCUCGUUUGCUUCAGUCUCUCACGUUCAAACUUAUAAAGAAAAAUAUGGUAAUAUGUCUGCCCCCCCCCCCCUUCUGGGAAAAUGACUGAUUUUGGCCAUAAUGCAAAUGUCCAAUCAAGACCACUGUUGCGUGCACUCUUUGUUCAAAACACUGACCAGGAACCAAUCAGAAUGGUUCUUUCAUAUUUGCAAGUCAUCGUAAAUCUUUGUUACAGGACCUUUGGCAUGAACAAAAUGCUUGUGGAAAGUCUGUUUAUGCAGACUCCACUGUAUUCAAAUCCUAGCUAGCAGUUGAACAGAGAAAACAGUUGAAGGAGCCACAGUGACAAAAUAAUGUAAUGUCCAAAGGAUGCGUAAAUCAUGACAGCGGGCGAAUUAGUCUUUCACGUUUGUGUUUCAGUUACAUCAUUGCAUAGAUCAGGGGUUUGAGAGUUCAGAUUUUUAUCUGAUUUCAGAUUUUUUUCCUUUUUUUCAGCUUAAUUUCAGCUUAUUUUUGGCCUUCCUCUGUACAAAAAGUAUGGGAGCUCUUUCUAUUUCAGACUUUUUCAACACUCUUCAGCUUUUUUCAGAUCUUUUUAUUUGUGACCACUCACACCCCUGCAUGAUAUUAAUACACCUCGUGUAGCUAUGGGCCACACAAAGUACAUGUAGUUCACUGGUUUGGAAAGAUAUAUGGCAAGACUAUGCAAGUAAAAAGAAGGCAAUAGAAAGUGAUCAGUCACAGACGUGAACUUACUCUGCUGCAAGUUUUAUAUUGGCUGAAGUAAAUGGAGAGACGAGUCCAUAUAUGAGUUCAGUUGUGUAGAAAGUUUAUGAAAUGAUUUAUUUUUUCUUCAAAAAUAGCUCGCAUAAUAGAGUAGGUCAUGCUUAUGUAGUUAGUACAUGUACGAUGAUUUAUUUCACAGUAUGUGAACUUCAGCCAUAUGUAUGAAGGUUCAUUGUUCCAGUCAUGGCCUUUGGAUAUUUGAUUGAAUAACGUUAGAUGUGCUUUUAUUCUAGAAUUUUCUUUUAUUGUAUUAUCAAAAUACGAAGCCCCGAUGAUUUAAGUCCUUAUGUCAUGCAAAUGGAGUGAUUUGUAGAGAAGUAGAUAGUAGUCUUCCUUCUUUCUUUCUUUUUUUAUGUUAGCACUUGAAUAUUUAGGGGAAAAAUACUUUGAUAAUAUUUUUAUGUUCAUUCAUGAUCCAACUUUUUAGGUGUGUAUCUUGUUUCGAUUUUCCAAUUCUCUUGCCAAGUUUAAAUCAGUUCCAUCAGGGUUCUACCUACUUAUAUGUGAGAAGCAUAAUCAGUUAAAUGUUAAUAAGUUGAAGGCUUUGUGUAAAUCUUCCUUGUAUGUAAGAAUCAUGUAGGAAACGGGAAUAUUGAUAUAUUUGAUGUUGCAUUCAUGCUGAGAAAACGAGACUCCAAACUGAUUGAUGGUACUUGUACGUCGUCAAACAUAUGCAUAAAAAGUAUAGGUUAUGUUGCCCUCGAACAGGGUCGCUAUAUUUUUCCCCUAAAAUUACAAAUAAAGUUAUUGUGCGAAAAUAUCAGAUUUGAGCAAAGAAUUGGCUUAAAUUUUUGAAUUUGUAUUCAAUGUCUGAAAAAGCACUUUUGCAUUUUGACCGCAUGAAGAUAUUAUCCCAUACAUUAUUUUCUAUGUACAGUGCAGCAGUGAAGGUAUUAAAAAAUCCAUGGCCAGGCCCAACUUUAUGAUUUUGGGCUUACGAGGGCAGCACAACAAGUUUUGUAUUUUGGCCUAAUUUAACAUCUGUGGUUGGGCUGGAGCAUGUUUUUGUUGUGACUGUAUCACAAGUUUGUAAGAUAAGCAAGUUUGCUUUAACCAAAGUCGGGCCAUGUAAAUAAGAUAUUUUAAACAUUCACCUUUGGUCCUGUAAUACUAAUGAUAUAUCCUAUAUUUGAAAAUGGCUUUAUGUCAUAGCCACAAGGUGAAGUCUUGAACGUUGUAACAAAAUUUUAAGCUACAUGGUAGCUUUCUAUGUGUGUGUUAGUAUAAGUGGUGUGAUCAGAAAAGCCCAGAUGUUUUGACUCAACUUACCAUAAGUCUGGAUUGUGAAGAUAAGCUCCCUGCUGAAAAAAAUAGUUUUGCUCUAUUCCCCCUUUUUAUGUUUAUAGCUUUAUCGUUAUGUUGUCAUAGUUUAGUUUAUGUGUACUCCUGUAAGGCAUCAAAGUGUGAUAUGAAAUGAGCAUUUUGAAUGUGAAGUGGUUUUUCUCUGUUGCUUUAUGUCGCCAAAUCUUUAGAGCUUAAAUCUACAAUGAACAACACAGAAAUUAUAUUCAAAUCAUGACAUAGCAGUGGUCAUGUGAAAAGGUAUUUUACCUAGUCAAUAGAUCUGUUCAUAUGUUUCACUAUUAUUGACUUGGUUUCUGAUGAGAAGGGUGGGGGGCACUUAAUCCUGCUUGUGUUUUACAGACUUUGUACUGCACUUUGAAGCAUUAUUUAUCAACUCUAUCAUGAAUCACAGAUUGAAAGUAAACGGCUUUUGUUUCGUUCAAAGGCGCAGAUCCAGCUGGCUUGGACACUACCAUUUCUGGGCCAUAUUGCUUUUGCACAAUAAUCAGGCUCUCAAAAUUAUUGCUUCUGAUCUGGCUCGAUCUGCGCCUUCUCCCUUGACCUUAUUUCAUGAAUAAUGUAUUUGGAUAGGAACUGUCUCUGACAAACUGCUAUCAGAUAAAAAAAAUUACCAAAUUUCAAUCAUGUUACUAGUUUUUUUACACAAGACCUUGGUUGUGUUGCUUUGUAGUAUUAUAGGUUUUUUUUAAAGAGUAUUCAUAGUAGAUAGUGUAAAUAUUCUGUUUACAGGGAAUUGAGCAGUAGCUAGAUGUAGAUGAAAUGCACAAUACAUAAAACAAAUAAUGCACAUGCACUA